UCAGAGGAGAUGGAAGAGGGAAAUCACUCCGUAGUGACUGAAUUCAUUCUCUCAGGACUGACAGAUCGUCCAGAGCUGCAGAUUCCCCUGUUUGUGUUGUUCCUACUGAUUUAUGUUACCACUCUGAUGUGGAACGGGGGGAUGAUCUUGUUAAUCAUGAAUGACCACCGACUUCACACCCCCAUGUACUUUUUCCUUUGUAAUUUGUCCUUCUGUGAUCUCUGCUAUUCCUCAACUGUUGCCCCUAAGAUGCUGCAGAAUUUCUUAGCGAAGAGGAAAAGCAUUUCUCGCACUGCCUGUGCUGUGCAAAUGUAUUUCUCUGUCUCUCUUACAGAUAUUGAGUGUCUCUUGCUGGCUGUGAUGGCAUAUGACCGUUAUGUGGCCAUCUGUAACCCGCUGCUCUAUACGGUCACCAUGUCCCGACAGCUUUGUAGCCAGCUGGUGGCUGGGGUGUGUGCCAUGGGUCUGGUGGAUUCAAUGAUACACACGUGUCUGACAUUUCGGCUGUCAUUCUGCCACUCAAAUAUCAUCAGUCAUUUUUUCUGUGACAUCCCCCCACUACUGGCGCUCUCCUGCUCUGACAUACGCAUCAAUGAGAUUGUGAUGUUUGCCUGCACAUGCAUCAUUAUAGUCAGCAGUGUUGUGAUUGUCCUUCUCUCCUAUGUCUAUAUCAUUCCCACCAUCCUGCAGAUCCGCUCUGCCGAGGGCCAGCACAAAGCCUUCUCCACCUGCGCUUGCCACUUGACAGCAGUGGUCAUAUUUUAUGGCACCCUCCUUUUUAUAUAUUUGCGACCCACUUCCAGCUAUUCCAUGGACACAGACAAAAUAGCUUCAGUUUUUUACUCGCUGGUGAUCCCCCUGUUGAACCCCCUCAUCUACAGCCUAAGGAACAGGGAGGUGAAAGAUGCUCUGAGAAAAGCCAGGAAUAAACUCCUGACCCAUGCUUGA